UUAAGAUCUAUCGAAAGGUUGCCUUUGUCAUUUAGGAUUAGUGAUGCCUGGUGGUUUUGAGCUGUUUACAAGGAAGUGUUUCUCUGGUAUAUUUCCCUUGGAUUCAAAGUCCAGAUUCCUGGAUACACCGACACACCUGUGAUCUUUUCCGUAAAUGGGAGUUUGACAUGUCUUACUGACAACAGUGGUUUACGAAUUUACCUGUUUGCCUUGUUUUUAUGUGAAAUUCAUGUUAGCAGUGCUUGAUUUCUGAUGGAGCUAAGAGAAUUUCACAAUCAAGUCUUUCCACCUCCAGACUAUGGUAGUCCGUAUGAUUCCCAGCAGUCACUAAGAGUACGGACACUUCCAGCCCAAGAUAUGGACUAUGGCAGUCCAUAUGAUUCCCAGCAGUCACUAAGAGUACGGACACUUCCAGCCCAAGAUACAGACUAUGGUAUUCCGUAUGAUUCCCAGCAGUCACUAAGAGUACGGACACUUCCAGUCCAAAAUACAGACUAUGGUAGUCCGUAUGAUUCCCAGCAGUCACUAAGAUUACGGACACUUCCAGCCAAAGGUACAGACAAUGAAAGUCCGUAUGAUUCCCAGCAAUCACUGAGAUCCCGGACACUUCCAGCCCAAGAUACAGGAGGGGUUCAGUUUGAUUGGGCCUCUACACCUGCAGAAGAGGAUGCAAAAGAACCUGAGCCUCAAAAACUUCGUGAGCUGCCACUGCAUAUGGGUCUGAAGAGAGCAGUAUGGCAAGUGCAAAAGAUGAAAAUUCCAGUGGUUUCAAGAUGGGGCUCUUGGAGCAUAAAGCACUCCAAAUCUUUUCGCCAUUUCUGUGAGAUUGCUAAAGAAGUUUUAAGCUAUUUAGUUCUGUGGAGGAAAGGAAUCCAAAAAAUAGGAGGGCACUUUGGGGGAGGAGUUCAAUCCUACUUCUUGUUCCUGAGGUUUCUUGUGAUUCUCAACUUCCUGUCCUUUCUCUUAAUCGCAGCAUUCGUCCUCAUUCCCAGCAUUGUGUUUCGGUCCACCAACUUUAACUCCACCACCAAUCUAACUGCAGGUGCGGAGGAAUGUUUGCAGUAUGAUCCAAAACCUGAUCCCCUGGCUGUAUUCAUCACAUAUUUUCUAGACCUGGUCUCAGGAACGGGUUUCAUGGAAUAUUCAUAUCUGUUUUAUGGCUAUUAUAAUAAUACAAUGGUUGUGAGUGAAGGCUUCUCGUACAACAUCCCUCUGGCUUAUCUGUUGACGGCAGCCUUCUACUUCAUCUUCUGCCUUAUUUGUAUGAUUGUAAGAAUGGGAAGUGUGGCUCGUGCUGUUGUAGCGGCGGGCGGAGGCGCAGUUGGGAAUUACAGUAUGCUGGUUUUUACAGGAUGGGAUCAUGGCCUCCAAGGAGACCGCGCCACUAAACUCAAACAAAACAAUCUCCGUUACCAGUUACAGGUGGAUCUAGAAGAAGAAAGGCUAAAACGAAAAGCUGCCUCGCUGACUUUAAAUCAGGCAAUCUCUCUCUAUACCUUUCGUGUUUUCCUCAACCUCGUGGUCUUAGCACUCAUUGGUGCAGCUUUCUAUGCCAUUGCCUUGGCAACCCAGUUCAGCCAGUCCAAUGCAACAACAGGCUUUGAGGGGUUGCUGUUGCAAUACUUACCCUCCAUUGUCAUAACAACAAGCAAUUUUGUGGUCCCCUUCCUGUGUGACAAGAUUGCUUUACUGGAAAAGCAUACUCCCAGUACUACGGUCAUUCUGGCCUUGCUUCGGGCAGUUUUUCUGCGUUUGGUGAGUUUGGGUGUUCUGCUAUACACUCUAUGGGAGCAGAUUACCUGUAGUGGAGAUAUCUCUAGUGCCAACUCAAACUGUACCAUCUGCAGUUACAAUUACAACCAAUAUAAGUGUUGGGAGACACGAGUUGGACAGGAAAUGUAUAAACUGACUCUUUUUGACUUUCUGAUAACCAUCGCCACACUGAUCCUGGUUGAAUUCCCACGCAGGAUCAUGGUAGAUCACUGUUCAUGUAAAUUAACUCAGUGGGUGGGACGGCAAGAGUUUCUGGUUCCCCCGAAUGUUCUUGCGCUAGUUUACAGUCAAACAGUGGUUUGGACCGGAGCUUUGUUCUCUCCAUUGUUACCACUUAUUAACACCAUCAAAUUCCUUCUCUUCUUUUACUGUAAAAAGAUAACUUUGUUUCAAAACUGUCGACCUGCUCUGAGAACGUUCCGAUCCACCAGCUCCAACUUCUUCUUCCUCUUGGUUUUGCUCUUCGGAUGGAUGUUGGCCAGUGUGGUUCUUCUUUACAGUGUAGCUAAGAUCCAUCCAUCUUAUGGCUGUGGGCCUUUCCGCCUUUCCCAAUCAAUGUGGCAAGUUGUGCCAGAAGCUGUCAACAUGCUAACCAGCACCAGUAAAGAAUUUCUAUUCUACAUUGGCUCCCAGCGUUUCUCUAUACCACUCUUCCUCUUCUCCUGUGUGCUCCUGUGCUAUGUGGGCGCUUUAACAUCUGUCCAUGGGAAAAGUGUAGAACUGCUAAAAUCUCAGUGUAAACUGGAACAGCGUGACAAGCAGUUCCUGGUGAGACAAAUUGAAGAGCUGAAUGCCAAAAUGCAAAAGGAACAACGUGUAGCACAGCAGCAACAGAGAGACACGGAGCGAUUCAACCAGACAGAACGGCAGACGACUGGAUAUAAUAAUUAUGCAUUUCAUCCAGAUGACGACCCAAGGCCAUAUUAAGAUUUGAUUGAUAAAGACUACAGUUCACUAAACACUAGCAAAUUUAUUAUGGACUUCUCUGUGUGCUUAUUUAUCUGUAACAGCAGAUCUUAAACUAGUCUUUCAGUCGGAGGCGGACACUAAGUAUUUUUACUUUCUCCUUAAAAGUACAUUUUUAAGUAUUCGUAUUUUAUCAGUGUUUUUCUUUGGAAAACAUACAUUUCAAAGCAUAUUAUCAUAAUUUUUAAUCCACUACAUUUCAUAAUUUUAAGUUUUUGGUUUAUAUUUAAUAUUUAAGUACAUUAAACAUCUAGUUUUUUUUACUUUUACUUAAGUAAAAAAGUAAUUUUGUACUUUUACUCAAGAAAAGUAAAAGUACACAAUUUUUAUGUAAUUAGGUAUUAAAAAUACAUUUUAAUAUUCAAUAUAAAAGGAAUACACAGUAUGAUUCUAUGCUUUAGAAUGUAGUGAACAUUUUUUAGUAAAGUAAUUUUUUUCCCAAGACAAACACUCUGAUAAAGCACAAAUGCUUGGAAAAUUUACUUAAAAUACUCAAGUAGUGUCCGCCUCUGCUUUCAGUUUCCACUAUUAACAUUUAAAUGAGCAAAUGAACUUCAAUUACUUGAAGCUUUUGAGUGUUUUAAGUUUCUUAUUUA